AUGGAGAACUUGGGAGGGGAUAUCGCCUCAGUGCAGAACCGGAGUUUUUAUCCGUCUGCUUUUGGGGCUCAGUCAAGUCGAUCGGCAUCGGGGUCAGUGGUAUACUCCAUUACGGACAGGACGGCCUCUCUCAGUCCAGAGUCUAUUAAAACGUACGCACUUAUUCCUGGCUCUCCAGCCACCGCAAAUCCUCCCAUCGGUUUCGGCUGUCAUUUUGGAAACUCUUACUAUGGUUGCAAAAUCCCACAUGGUGCCCCUUUGCAGCACGCCGCAACGAAACAAACUACUCUUGCGUCUUUAUGUGGACAUUCGGUGGACAAGCGUAUGGAUAUAUCAGGUUUUGGCAGCAGCAACGUGCACUGCAACGAAAUUCCAGGAAGGGCUGCGGAGUUUGGCGUUUACCAAGGUUAUUCAGGGUCCUACUCCCGGAUUCCUGGAUAUAUCGAUGUACCUGUUGUACCAAGAGCCGCUGCUGGCUAUCACAGACACGAGGCUGUUUUACCCAUUGACGGAUACCAGCCGUGGAACUGGUCAAAUAGUUGGAACAGUCAACUUUAUUGCCCCAAAGAACAGACACCGAGCCCGCACUCUUGGAAAUACUCUCUCGCAGGAGAGACAGGAUUGAAAGAGACACAUGUAAGUACUUUAUACCGGCGUGGAAGGAAGAAGAGAGUACCGUACGCCAAACCUCAGCUGAAGGAACUUGAACGAGAGUACACUACGAACAAGUUUAUUACCAAAGAUAAACGGCGAAAGAUAGCCUCUUCUACCAACUUGUCAGAGAGACAAGUCACGAUUUGGUUUCAGAACCGUAGAGUCAAAGACAAGAAAAUGAUAUCCAAAUUGAAGGACGUUCAGACUUAUUGUUGACUUGACUGAAAACGCCAGAUUAUGUUUGGUAUGCGAGCGAUUUUUCUUUUUUUUUUUGCCUAUUCGUAUUUUAGUAUUUUGUGGACCUUCUUCCUGCCGAGCCAAAGCUCUUCACUGUA